AUGGAACCAUCAUACUACGAAUCAAUCCGCCCUCAUCUCCGCCAUCCAGCCUUCAUCACCCAACCCGAACAAGCCCACAUCCACUUAUCAGAGAAUGAUUGUAAGUCAUUCCCUCUAUCCGGGAUAAUUCUAACCAUUUCAGCAUCAAACAAACCCCAUUCAACCCUUUUUACCAACAGCGACAUAUUCGACGCGCAUCUAACCACCACCCCCAAACCCCGCUCUCGCAUCGUCUCAAUAUGCUCGCAGAAUUCAAUGCAGCCACUCGGGAUAACCGAAAAGACAAUGCGAACACUGAUGAAUAUAUAUGAAAUCGACACUGGAUUCUUCGAUCUGGCCGUUUCAUUCGGCGAUAAACCGCGCAGUUCAGAUGCGGGACAUGGGGGGAUGACGGUCAAACGGAUGGAGGAUGGUUCAUACGUCAUCCAAUAUCUCUUCGCAUACGCCGAAGAAUACAAAACCCAAACCACCAUCUCCUGGACGAUCCGACAGAUCGGCGUCUUCCAUCGCUUCGAUCCAUCAGGGCGUAAUAAUCUCUGGAUAUUCCUACACGCGAAACGAAACUCCACAAUCCAACAGCAGAUCGAAGAAAGUAUCAUGCAGCACGGUCAUGAUGCUGGUAAUUGGUGUACAAUGCAUCUACUCGUGCUCUCCUACCUCUGUAACUGGCGAUGGUGUAUUCGGAAUCUAGGCGAUGAAAUCGACAAGACUGUAGAUAUAGCCCUCACACUCGAUCCAUCCAAUACAAACGACAGUAGAGCCGGUUUGAUCAGACUCCUCAAACCGCAGUAUCUGGGCGAUAAACUUCUCCCUCUUCCUGCCCGGUUAGGCGUCGCUCUAACCAUCAUUACGAAGCUAGAGGAUAUCAACACCCUCGUUCAUUCCAAGGACUUGUCAACGGAAGCCCAAUUCCAAAAAGUGUCAGAUGAAUUGUCAUAUCAUAAAACCACCCUCGAGGGCCAUUUGAAAAGCGUCAGGGUUCUUGAGCGGAAGAUCCAGGGCAUUUCGGAUCUUCUCGCAGUCUCCCUCACCCUCAAAAACCAAGCCGUAACCAUCGAAAUCAACAACCAAAUGCUCCGACUCACAAACGACUCUAUCGACGACAAUGCCACCGUCAAAGUCGUCACUCUCGUGACGCUCAUCUACCUCCCCGCGAGUUUUGUCUCGACCGUCCUCGGGAUGAAUCUCUUCGACUUUGACAGCGGAGACGAUAAUCCAAACCCUAUAUUCACUAUAUCGCGUCAGUUUUGGAUUUUCGUGGUUAUAGCUGUGCCGCUUACGUUGCUGACGUUGGGUUCGUGGUAUUAUAUUACCCGACGGAGUCUGAAGUUGAGGCAGGAGAGGGCGAGGGAGAUAUAUGAGAUGAAGGAGGGAAUGGAGAGUGCUUGA